AUGGCUUUGAUGAGAGGUCUGGACAAACGAAGAGAGCGACGAACGGAAGUGAUCACCAAAACAGCAGCAGAAUUGGAUCCGUUAGGCGAUCACAGGAAUGCCAUGAAUGAUGUCUCGAUGAGGAUGUUGGGGACCAUCGAUGAUCUGGCGGUCACGCAGGGAAUGACGGCUCAAGAAGUACAGGCUCGUGUAGUGGUGUUGCGGACCCACCUCUUUGGGCCAGAGGUGAGUGCCGGUGGACACACACCUACUCCCGGAUUGGCAUCAUUACUACGGCUUAGAUUUGGAACCGAUAUCUCUAUGCUUCACACUCUCGUAAGACAUACCAGUGAUCAUCAUAUCCCUAAUGUAGACAACAUUGACUACAAUCUGAUGCAUACAAUACGUGUGGAUCUGCGGAACUUCGCACACAAUAACUCCAUUGAAGAGAUAGUAUUGGACGACACCGGGGAUCAAGACAGUGGUGACCAUUGGAUUGGAAGUAACCAUUGA